AUGUGCCCGCCCCAGGCCCCGGCAGGUGGGCCCACCAUGACUGAGAAGGCCGAGAUGGUGUGUGCCCCCAGCCCAGCCCCUGCCCCACCCUCUAAGCCUGCCUCACCUGGGCCCUACCCUCAUGAGGUGGGCCACCGAGGUGGCUCCCCAUCCAGGUUGCCCCCUGGCGUGCCAGUGAUCAGCUUGGGUCACACCAGGCCCCCAGGGGCAGCCAUGCCCACCACAGAGCUGAGUGCCCUCCGGCCCCCUUUGCUGCACCUCUCGGCUCUGGGAAGUGCCCCAUCCACCCUGGCCCUGCAUUACCACCCUCACCCCUUCCUCAACAGCGUCUACAUUGGGCCAGCAGGACCUUUUAGCAUCUUCCCUAGCAGCCGGUUGAAGCGGAGACCAAGCCACUGUGAGCUGGACCUGGCUGAGGGGCACCAGCCCCAGAAGGUAGCACGACGCGUGUUCACCAACAGCCGCGAGCGCUGGCGGCAGCAGAACGUUAACGGCGCCUUCGCGGAGCUCAGGAAACUGCUGCCGACUCACCCGCCCGACCGGAAGCUGAGCAAGAACGAGGUGCUCCGCCUGGCCAUGAAGUACAUCGGCUUCCUGGUGCGGCUGCUGCGCGAUCAGGCGGCCGCGCUGGCCACAGGCCCCACCCCGCCUGGGCCCCGUAAAGGGCCUGCUCACCGAGGCCCAGACGAUGGCGCCCUCCGGGGGUCUGGGCGCAGAGCCGAAGUGCCCGCGCGCUCGCAGCCAGCGCCCCUGGCAGACUCCGAGAUCAACCCAAAUGGGGCAGUGCGGCACAUCAAGAUGGAGCAAGCAGCUAUGAGUCCAGAGGUGCGGUGACCUCCUACAGCGAAGCCUGAGCAGAGGCUCAGACCAGGGCAGUCGAGGAAAGGUCGAAUUGCUCGCUUCACCUGCUCCCGAGCGAACUGCCAAAGAGGGACUUAGUGAGGACAUGACUCCUCGAUAGGGGAGAGAUUCUGGGGGUCUGGAAGGGUGACCAUCACCCCCAGGGGGCCCCGCAGACAUUUUUCCCCCUUGCAAAUUACCCGGGCAAAACGGUCCUCGGACCCAAGUGGUGUCCCACCCCCGCACUCAUUGUGGGGCUGGAGUCGCUGCGGGAAGAAGGGAGGAGUCUUCGCCCCUAUCACUGGCGCCCCCUCCUGGAUACUCAAGAACUGACUCUCCGACGGCGCGAGCGGCGCACCUGGCGCCAGAAGAGCCGUGCCGCAGACACCCGGUUCCUGGGCCACCGACUCGACCUGGUCCCGAACGAUCGCGUUAGCGAAGGCUCUGGAGCUCUUGCUUUUGUUUUUCUUUAUUUCUUUAUUUCACAUACACAUUAGCCAUUCAAUGGAGAAGCCGGAGAGAGUCAGGCAAAGAUGGUAUAACAGAAGCGCAGUGACGGGGGCGGGGCGGGGCGGGGCGGAGAGGGAACAGACGGGCUGGCUGCCUACUUGCAUUCCGCUAGGACACUGAAAACCCAGAAAACAAAACAGACAGUAAACUACCCUUGUUUCUUAUGUAUCUCAGUGCAGAGACGGGGGGCGGGGGGAGGGCAGAGAAGGGGGAGACCAGGCUGAAGGAGGAGGAGCAGAGGGAGGGGGACGCUAAGGGGGAAGCACACCAAAUCCAUUAGUACUAUAUAUAGAGAUACUCGUAUAUACUGCGUUUCUUAGCCUAAGAAGAAACUUGUUUGACGGGACGGGCGGCCUUUGCGGUCCGCGAUGCUGGUGCUGGUCGGGCGCACGGAUCUCCCGGGAGGGGCUGAAGCGGGGCUGGCCCAGGCUGGCUUGCGGGGUGAAGGGGGCGCCCCAAGGGUGGGUGGGGUGGGGGCAGCAGAGGUGGGGCUAGGGUGCCCCUCGGGCUCUCGAUUGGGGGACAAAAGUUCUCGUGACUUUAUUGCUCCUUAUUUUCUCUCGUGUGUGUGUGUGGGGGGGGUCCGUUCAGCACGGUCAGGGUGGGGAAGUGGUGGGUCGUCUGAGCCACCCGGCCCCUCUGGGACCCAGAGCGCGGCGUCCGCUCCGCCAGCACGGGGGUGAGAACAAGGCACUAGGUCGGCCGGCCAGCGCGGGGGCGGGUGUGUAAGGCAGUCGACAGGGCUGGUUGCGGGGUGGGGCGGGGCUAUGUGCGGGGCCGUGUGCGUGCGUGCGUGCGAGCGCGGGCCUGGGCAAAUCAACCUGUCAGCGUGGCUGGUCCUGUCCUGGGGCAUCGAGCCUUCAGGGUGCUCCCCGGAGCGGGCCGGGGAAGGGAGAAGUGAUGUUGAGUUGGGGGUCACGGGGGAAGGGGUUCGGGGAGGAAACUACCAACUUGCUGAGCGCGCUCCUGAUAAUGCUGGUGAGGGUCAAGUUGGCGUCUGGCUCCAAGAAGGGCGCUCGGGGCGGAGAGGGAGCGGGGAGGGAACAUUUGUUCGUUGGCAUUGACCUCUGCGGGGGAGGGACUGGGGACCCCCUGCCGUGCCCCGGUGCCCAGACGGGGAUGGGGCGAGAAGGGGGCGCUGGGCCCAGGGAGGGGCGCCCGGGGAGAUCCGCGGCAAGAGCAGCCCAGCCGCCGGGCGCACGCCGCUGUCCCGUUCCGUUAAACUCAACAAAGAAGGGAUAUGCGUGUUCCUAACAAGUGCAGGAUAUUUAAUUGAUUCAUAAACUUAUGUAUAAUAGUUUGUGGGUUUUUAAAACGUACUUUAUAAUGUAAGAAGCACCAGGGUUUUUAUAUUUAAUUAUCCUAAAAUAAUUUUCUCUCGUCCUUUUUUUCCUUUUUGAUCUUGUGUUGGUUUUUUUUUUUUUAAUGUCGAGGUGGUUUUUUUUUUUUUUAACUCCAAAAUGUGAACGUUUCCUUCAGCCCUCCCACCGAAACCGAGAACGAACGACGAAACAAAUAAAAACCCCAGAUCAUCCUCGUCAACGCAGGAAAACGACUUAAAAAAAAAAAAAGGAAGGAAAAGAAAAAAGAAAGAAAAAAAAAAAAAAAGGAAAGGAAAAAACA